AUGGCUCAUCACCACGAAUUAACAACUGUUAGCAGCGGAUUAUACUGCGACCAAGGACCAUCGAACAGAAACAUCGCAGUAGAAGCGUACCAGACGGCCAUCGAGCACCUUAAGAAUGAGCUGGACAUAUCUCUGAACGUUCCAGUUCCAAGUAAAUUCAACGCAUCUGUGAAGGACGUCUUCUCAGUGGUAGAGACCGCAAAGAAGGAGUACGAGGACAGGAGCAGGGAGCACAAGCAUACAGGCAUGAAACAGUCCCUUGAACGGCUCUCUUCGCGCAUCAUGUACUACGGCAAAGUCAUGGACACUCUGGCGCAGCACCACCCUGAGUACGUAGCUCUGGUCUGGGGCGCCAUGAAACUCGUCCUGACGGGCGUGAUCAAUCGAGCCACACUCUUUGAAAAGUUAUCGCAAGCUCUCAUCGACAUUGCCAACGUAUUGCCACGAAUGAAUCUCAGUGCGGAAUUGUAUCAGACGAAGAACAUGGAAGCUGCUCUUUCACGACUGUUCACGUACAUCAUCCUCUUCUUACGUCUGUGUGUCCGUUGGUACAAGAAGAGUCCACUUGGUCGAAUGUGUUCUGCUAUCAAGACACCUUUCGAACUUGGCUAUCAAGACUUGGUGGAGCAUAUCCGAGAGUGUUCGAAAGCGGUGGAUGACCUUGCCAACGCAGGGGCUCGAGUUGAAAUUCGUGACGUUCGCACUCUAACAGAACUGCAACAUGCACAGAUUCGAGAGCUUGACUUGAAACUACUCAAGGUGCUGGAAGAGCAGGAGAAUUUUAAAGCUCAAGUGGUUCAGUUGUUACAGGUUGCAACUUCUCACAAGAGUGUUACAGAGCGAAUAGGCGUCGACGUCUGCAGCAUAAGCCGGACAGUAUAUCGUAUCGAAUUCAAUGGGGUAAUGCAAUUCUUUGAGCCCAAAGUAUUGCCCGAGACAGCACUGCUUAAGGUUCAGUCUUUCAUGCGACGAGACUUGACACCAAGCCUGCCUGGCCCCAAUGAACAGAAAGUGCGAAAAAAGAUCCUGGGUUGGGCUCUAGGAAGGGGCUCGUCGCUUCUGGUCGUGCAGGUUGGCCUUCGUGCGCAGAAGCAAGCAAAAGAAUUGGCCACGAAUGUGAUCAACAGUCUGAAGCUCGGUAGCCAAUGUGUAUUCUGGAAUCUACCCUUGACAAGCAAUCCUUCAGAUCCGCACACCAUGGCGGAAAUGUUCAGAAGCAUCAUCUUUCAAGCACUGCAACAUUCUGGCGAUCUGUUCAACAGCUUUUCCGAGCAAUUGAACCUCUCGAAGAUCAAUGCCACUCAUACAGAAGGCGAGUGGGUCGACCUUAUAUGCCUCCUCUUUUCCAAGAUAUCGACAGCUUUCAUAGUUAUCGAAACUGAAGCACUUCAAAAGGUCUACCAACAUGACUCCAGUUGGGAUCAGCGUCUCUCCGGAUAUCUGCAACAGAUUAUCGACCAAAGUUCAGCAGCAGGAUGCGAACUGAAACUCCUUGUCAUCAUGUAUGGGAACUGUCAUCGAUUUACCGCAACCGCUGCAAGCUCGAAGAACGUCCAUAUCGCGAAAAUGCAGCCACCGACCCCAGCACCCCCACACUUGCGGCAUGUGGCACGUCGAUCCGGUUUGAUAGCUAAGGGUUGGAAGAUGCAGAGGCCUAAAGGGCGAAGUUAA